AUGACAUGCCGCUGGCUCGAGGUCUUCGGGAAAUCCUCCUGCAUAUCCUGCUUUGCUAUAUGGACCGUCGACGGCUGCGAGGAUGCCAUCGAGCAUGUCAACCACCUUGCUCGGCGCUUCAUCAACAGAACCCCUCAGCGCUGGGGUCUUCGACUCCUCCGCGAGUUCGACGAGUCAAAGGAGAUAGAGGAGACGCCAGAGGGGGACUUGGACGUAAUUCACCGGAAGGUGAAUUACCUCGAGAGGCUUCACGACGCGAUCCAUCGCAUCCAGGACUCGGUUGCCAGCCUCGCUGGCAAACAAUCCACGCUGUAUCAGCAUGCUGACGCGGCGGGCUGUAUGCUGACGAAGCAUAUCAUGAUCGCGGUGGACGUAGCCGCACGUCUUCGUGCUGGACCAGUCGAGAUGUUCGAAGUCAUGGAGCGCAAGCUAUUUCUUUACCAGGAUGAGCCGAUUUAG